CGAUUCCUCGCUGAAGUGCCGAGACUUCCUUCACUUUGUUCUGGAUUAGCUUGCCGUUGAUCCCAAAAACGGACUCGAUACCACUGUUUUAGACUAAACCUUUUGUUCUCUGUGGUUGCGCGGCCCAUAUAGUGAUGACGGACGGUUUCUGUCAAGGCAUGGAGCUAUGGAAUAUUCUUUCACAUGGCCAACCUUGUGUCAAACAAGGUUGUCUUUGUUUCGAGGAGCGAGGGGUUUGAGUCUUUUCUUCGGGCUUGUGCGUUGUUCAGUUUGGCUUGCAUAUGGGGGAAACGAAGCUGGUUGCUGGGGGGAGGUCCUUUAUUGCUAGUGUUGUCGGAGAACGAAUGGCCUGUCAUUGUUGGAGGCAUGGUGGGGGAAUGUCGAAGCUUGGCUUGCGAUCUCAUCCUUCAUCCUUCGCAGUCGCGAUCUAUGAUAAUUCUCUUACAAGCGCGCGCUGGGAAGGGGAACCAGGAGUCCAUAGCCACCAUAGGCAUAGACAUUGACCGGCCAGUGUUGGUGACAAUGGGCAUAUAUCUCGCUAAGCUCCAUCCUUACCGGCACGGCCAACCGUCGGAAACGACUCUUACAUUAGCCCCGUCGGACACCGCGUCAGGUCUUGCCGUCGUCGAACGGGAGGAUAAGAAGAUCAAGAUCGACUCGCUCGGCGCGUGGCAACAGGCGUGGAAACAGUAUCAGAUCUUGAACGCACGCCUGUAUCCCGGCCGUUAUCAGGAGCUCGCAUCGUACCAGGAUACCAUCAUCCACCUGGAUUCCCUGUAUGGGUGGAAGGUCGUCAAGAACUUCGACAAGCGCCGGCGCCUUUAUUCCUCAGAUCGCCCCGCGGUCCCUCUUGCCCAAGAUAUCCCUGAAAUCCGACAAGAGUUCCUUCAUUGUGAAAGUGGUCGAUCAUCCCCUGAGAAUGGAUCUAAUUCGGGUCGUUCGCGGGCGGAGAUGAUCUACUAGCGGCGAGUGCAAGGUAAAAGGCAGAGACCAAGUAAAAGCCUAUUCUCACCACACCAGUAGACACGCUUGGGCGUACUCCGUAUAUUGACAACCACGUACUGCUAGUCGAAUGUGCGCUAGUCAGCCUAGUUGAUGAGCACUAUAUGGUACAAACUUAUGGUUCCGUUCAUGACCGUUACAAUGCUCCCCGGUCAAUCUACACCGGAGGAGCCCCCUCCCGCCCAGGUCCGAAAUCUGCUAAGACCGCCGACCGGUCACCGCAUUCUAGUUUCCGAGCGGCGAGUGGUUGCACGAUAUUUGCAACAGGGCGGUUCAUGGUUGUGAGCGGGCGGGCGGGAGGGAGGGUUGUCGAGAUG